AUGACUGCCCAUUUGGCUGGUUAUGUUCUGUUACAUCAACCUCCGGCGGUACGCUUGGCUUCCACUUACCCCCGGAAGUCACCUACGCGACUACAUCACUUACUCCAUGGAACGAAACGUGGCAGACGAUCACAAAGACUGAUGGAUCCCACAGCACCACAAGUGUAA